AUGAUGAAAGAAAAAAUUACAUUCUUGUUUUUUAAAAAAAUUUCUAUUUUUAUCCUUUUAAGUUGGAUAUGUCAUAUAAAUACUUAUACGAGCAGGCAUAACAAAUCUUUCUUUGAAUGCGACAAACACCUUAGUAAAUUAUAUGCAAGGAAUUAUCGUUUACUAGCAAAAUAUAAACAGGAUAAGGAUUCAAGUAUUGUAUGUUUAAAUGAACAGAUACCAAAUGGAGUGAACAAUAAAAUUGCUAUAGCUAAUAAUGAAAAAUAUGCUGAAAGAAAAAAAGAACAGUCAAAUGGAAUUUUACCAACUAAUGCAAGAAGUCAUAGAAAAGAUACAAAAAGUAAAUCUUGUAUAUUUGAAACAAAAAAAUAUUCCCAUUUGGAAAAAAAAAUAUUCAAAGAACUUGAUUAUGCAGAUUUUCUUAAAAACAACAUAACAAUUAGUGAUAAGAUUUAUAAAAAAAUAAUAUUUAAAAAAUGCAUAUUACGAUUUGCUUUACCUUUGUUACUCUUUUUGGUGUUAGCAUUAUCAUUUAUAUUAGAUAAAUUUUGUGGAUAUGGGCUUACAUAUGGUUUGCUUAAAGUAAUAGUUCUUAUAUCACCUGUCGUAGAAGUUAGACAACUAAGUAAUAUUUCAUAUCUUAAGCAUAUUAAUGAUAUUUCAAAAUUAUAUACAAAACCUGCUUCUCCGGCCUUAGUGCAUUUAUAUGACAUUCUGAACAGACCGUCUUUAAAAUGGUUCACAAAAGUUUUGGUAAAGGAAAGUGGUAAAAAUAUUAACUAUUGUGUGCGAUAUUUUUUGGGAUUUCUAAUAUAUUUUGUGCCUUUAUUCAUAUUAGGUAUCAUACUUAUAUCAGCGGUUUUUUAUUAUCAUAAAAAAGUUAAAAAGUUCGAAAGAAUUAAGUUCAGGAAAAAGUAA